CUUCUGUUUGCGGCGGUCGUACCUCCUGAGGUCGUACUUAGAAUAGUACCAUCUACCAUUAGACGCGUUCAGCGCUAGUUACGCUCACUACGCGCACCGCAAAACCAACGAAAACAUCAGAAAAGUACCAUCGACCUUAUCAGUACCAGGGCUGGACUACUCUUUUUGCCCUUAUUUUGAAUAGGACAGAGAUUUCUUUUGUGUCGCAAAGUUUUGUUAUCGCGCUCGAAUUUUUGGUGAAAGUACUACUUAUUUUGAAAGUGCAUUUGUUGUGAGCGUGGAAAAUUAUUUGUAAUUUCCAGAAAAACCAAAGUGGUAGAUUAUAAAAAUCCGCCGCGACGCGCAAGUUCGCCGAGAAAAUUCCACGCGGUCCAGAUGUUCCAAAGGACCAGCAGCGUCGAUCCUGAGAGCCACCGGUCCAGUCCGCGAUCGCAUCCAUGCAGUGUAACAUCAUAAAACCACGUACCAGUAACGAUGCUCACCGUACGACUGACGUACGCCUUACUCUUGAUCAGCUUAUGCGUCCAGGCACUUCCUUUACCCGCUACACCCCUGAAUGAAAGGCACCAAGAGAUUUCCUGGCAAGCGUGGCUCCUGGUUGAUGACCAGAACCAACACAAACAAAGUAAUGCUGAUGGAACGCCUUCAAGACACCGGAUAACAACCAAAAGUGUAUUUGUUGCACCUACGUUUUCAGCAUUUUCUCCAGAAAAUCUACCUCCUUGUCCUGAUGGGUACAAGUCAGACCCAAUGGGAAGAUGUAUCAAAAUCAUAAUGCUGGACGAAGCAAGUCAUCUGGAGUUUUUAGUCAGCAAACUCAACGACAAGUUUGGAGAUUUAGAAUAUGAUGACGAAGAAGAUGAAGAGGAACCGUUCAAUGUCAAUAUACCUCUAGGAGGUGAUUAUACCAACGAUCCUCCUCAAGAAGAAACAGAGUUUGCUAUAAUCGUAACUCCUACUGUGAAGGAAGUUGAUAAAAAAAGCAACGUGGAUAAACGGGACGAUGGUGACCACUAUGAAAAAGAGUUGAAGAAGUUAUCUCAAACUACCACAGAGGCACUUUAUGACACUACUACACUAAGAGGAGAGGAUAUUGACGAGGACGGUAUUGUUUUGACCACUCCAACUCAAAUACCGGAAGAAACAACAACAGUUACUGUUAAAAACGAUGUUACUGAAUUAACCGAAGAAAAUCAAGAAACAACGACGUUAUUUACUACCACGGCGCUUUCUUCUGAAACCACAACAAGCACAGAACCGGUUUCAACAACUACAGAACAAGAAAUAACAACCCUCGUCACUGAAUUACCUAAAUCAUCAACAACCACUCCAAAAAUCACAACCUACCACCCAAAAGCCACGACGUAUCACCCUUAUUUCGAUAUGAAUCGUGUCGGUAGCUCCAAAACGCGAAACAUCAUCAAGUUUCCUGAUGAAGAACUGAUUGGUUCUGCUCGUUCGUAUCCUCAGAGUAAUUACGUGAGGUUCCCUGAUGCUGACACGAAGUACCAGCAAGAAAGUGAAAGCCACCAUACGAGGGAUGUCGGAGAUAACUUCGGGAACUACUUCAAUGAGAUUGUAACUCCUGAUACUUCCCAGAAGAUUCAUAGGAUGGUUCCACCGUUAAAAGGAGGCUUUGUUCCUAGCAAGACGUACCCAUUCACGUUUCCUCGUGAUUCAAACCAUCGACAGUACGAGUACCAAUGGGAUUCAACGACGGAAGUCCAGCACAACAAACGCAGUAGAGAAAAACAUGGUGGUUUAUUCUUGUUACCACCAAAAUGGUCGGAGAAAUCAAACCCCUCGCCGCUUGUUCUAAGGUUUUCUAGAAAACACUUCCAUCUCAAACCGGAAAAACUAAAAUCCAACAUCUUUUACAGGUCUCUACCCAAAGAGGACCUUUCUGUACUUUUCGGUUACAGUAACGAACAAGGUGUUAAUAGGUAAUAUGUCUUUUUAUUGUGAAUUAUUUCAGCAUCGUGCAGUAGGUAGAGAUAGAUCUUUUUGUGUACAUAGUGUUUCUAUUUAUUUAGACUUAUUAGUGAGUGUUUUUUUCUGUUGUAUGUAAUUAUCGUUGGUUCUUGCUCAGUGUGUACUAAACCAAAAUCAAACAUAUUUUAAGAACAUGACAAAAAAAUAAUAACUGUGCAGGAACCAGAAUCACUUGGCUAUACAGAUCGGUCACACAGUCAGCUUGUAAAUAUAUUAUAGUAGUGCAUGAUUUGGAAUGGUAAACGUCACGUGAUCGCUCUGUAUAUACUCUAGGGUACGUUAUAUUCUUCGUGUAUAUAUAUAUAAUAAGUGUAGAACAUAGCUUUGUAUAUGAUUUCCUUUUUUUAUUUAUAUAGUGUAGAGACAGGUUUAACCACGCAGUACAAUGCAUACAAAUCACUAGUAUUUUUACGAUCUUUUUUUAUUUUUUGCACGUAUCAUUUUUUCCUUGUUCUGUUCACCUUGCAAUGGUUAUAAUAACACACAGUAAAUAUUUUUAUUACACGCCCUGUAGACAAAUUUUGGUAGAGUAGCAUGGAGGUCUAAAAAAUAAUCAAAACAAUAAUAAUUAAAAUUUUUGUUAGGCUGGGAUAUAUAUUUGAUGUAAUUAUUAUAAAGGCUUUGAUAUUUUUCGUUUUAAGAAAAAUACUAAAAGCCUGUUCAAAUCGAGUUUAAUUUAAUUUUGAAUUCAAGUGAGCUGUUAUUAUUUUAUUGUUAUUUGGAAUCCUUGAACUGGACAUGUUAACACGAAACUUUUGAAAUAAUUAUACCUAUAAAUUACAAUGAAAAAGUCAAGUAAUAUUGUUAAUUUUAGUAUUACCAAUUUAUUUAUUUAUUUAUUUCCACUGUAAUAACGAUGUAGUAGUAUGUUUUCAUAUUAUGAACUGUGUCAAAAAUAAUCUAAAAACUACUUUUGUAACUUUAUCUUAAACAUUUUUUUUCUUGUAAUUUGUCAAGUAUUAUACGAACAUUUCAUGA